AUGUACGGAGGUCCUUCCUCAGGCCCAGUUACGGGCGUUUCGACCCCCCGCUCCUCUGCUUCAUUGCGUCCUCUCACCCUCACUCACGGGUCGCUCGAACACUCUUUCCUCGUUCCUACCGUCCUCCACUUCUCCGCUUCUCAGCUUAAGGAUAACUUUAUCGCUACACUUCCCGAACCGACAGACGAGCUCGCCCAAGAUGAUGAGCCUUCGUCUGUGCCCGAAUUGGUCGCCCGGUACCUUGGUUUCGUUGCCAAGGAAGUUGAGGCCGGCGAGGAUGACGCGCAAGGAUCAUACGAGGAGGUCUUGAAACUCGUCCUGACCGAGUUUGAGCGCGGCUUCUUGCGAGGAAAUGAGGUGCACGCGGUCGCCUCCGCUCUUCCCGGUAUUGAGCAGAAGAAGCUGGUUGUCGUCCAAGCUUACUAUGCGGCCCGCGAUGCCGCAAGCAGGCCCAUUCGGCCCCACGAGUCUGCGCUUUUCCGGGCUGCUGGAGAAGGCAACGCCAAGAUCUACACCGUCUUCGGUGGUCAGGGUAACAUUGAGGAGUACUUUGAUGAGCUUCAUCAACUCUACACUACCUACCCUUCCUUCGUCGGCGAGUUCAUCUCCGCUUCAGCCGCUCAUCUCAAGAGUCUCUCGCGUGAUCCCCGCGCCGAGAAGCUCUACUCAAAAGGUCUUGACGUCGUGCGCUGGUUGCACGACCAUGAUAGCCAGCCCGAUAUAGACUACCUAGUCUCCGCCCCUGUCAGUUUGCCCUUGAUCGGUUUGGUGCAAUUGUCCCAUUAUGUUGUACUCUGCAAGGUCCUCGGCGAGACCCCGGGUGAGCUGCGCGAGCGCAUCAGCGGUACCACUGGUCACUCCCAGGGCGUCGUGACCGCGGCUGCCAUUGCCAGCGCCGACGACUGGGACUCUUUUGAAAAGGCUGCCACCGAUGCGCUGACGAUGCUCUUCUGGAUCGGCUCGCGGAGCCAGCAGGCUUACCCGCAGACCUCUCUCGCGCCCUCGGUGUUGCAGGACUCCAUCGAUGGCGGUGAGGGCGUUCCCACUCCCAUGUUGUCCAUUCGCGACCUUCCUCGCUCUGCGGUUCAGGAGCACAUCGAUGCCACCAACCACCACUUGCCCAAGGAGCGUCACAUCGCCAUCUCGUUGGUUAACAGCGCCCGGAACUUCGUUGUUACCGGUCCCCCGAUUUCGCUCUAUGGUCUAAAUCUGCGCCUUCGCAAAGUCAAGGCCCCCACGGGUCUAGAUCAGAACCGCAUUCCCCACACCGAGCGCAAGAUUCGCUUCGUCAACCGUUUCCUCCCUAUCACCGCUCCCUUCCAUAGCCCCUACCUCGCCGAGGCUCACAAGCACAUUGAGGAGGACCUCAGCAAAAUUCACCUGAGCGGCAAGAGCCUGGGUAUCGCUGUUUUCGACACCAACACUGGCAAGGACCUCCGUGAGCAUGGUGAUGCCAAUAUUGUGCCGACCUUGGUCCGAAUGAUCACCCGGGAGACAGUCAACUGGGAGACGGCUACCGUCUUUCCCCAAGCGACCCACAUUCUCGACCUCGGCCCUGGCGGUAUCUCUGGUCUUGGCGUCCUCACCAACCGCAACAAGGACGGCACUGGAGUUCGUGUCAUCUUGGCUGGCGCCAUAGAUGGCACCAACGUCGAAGUUGGCUACAAACCCGAGCUCUUUGAUCGUGAUGAGCAGCAUGCUGUCAAAUACGCCGUGGACUGGGUCAAGGACAAUGGUCCCCGCCUUGUGAAGACCUCAGUUGGUCAGACCUUUGUUGACACCAAGAUGAGCCGUUUGUUGGGUGUGCCUCCUCUUAUGGUUGCUGGUAUGACACCUUCCACAGUCCCGUGGGAGUUUGUCGCCUCGACGAUGAACGCGGGCUACCACAUUGAAUUGGCCGGUGGUGGUUAUUUCACUCCUGGCAUGAUGACGGCGGCUCUCGAGAAGAUUGAGAAGGCGGUUCCUGCUGGUCGUGGUAUUACUGUCAACCUUAUCUACGUCAACCCCGCCGCCAUGGCCUGGCAGAUACCCCUCCUUGGCCAGCUCCGUGCCAAGGGCAUUCCUAUUGAGGGUCUGACCAUUGGCGCUGGUGUGCCAUCGAUUGAGGUCGCAAAUGAGUACAUUGAGACGCUCGGAAUCAAGCAUAUUGCAUUCAAGCCUGGCUCCAUGGACGCAAUUCAACAGGUGGUCAACAUUGCCAAGGCCAACCCCAUGUUCCCAGUUAUCCUGCAGUGGACUGGUGGUCGUGGCGGUGGUCACCACUCCUUCGAGGAUUUCCACCAGCCCAUUGUCCAAAUGUACAGCCGUCUUCGGAGAUGCGACAACAUCGUGUUGGUUGCCGGUAGUGGUUUCGGUGGCUCCGAGGACACCUACCCGUACCUGACCGGUGCCUGGUCAGCCAAGUUUGGUUACCCGCCCAUGCCCUUCGACGGAUGCAUGUUUGGUAGUCGCUGCAUGGUUGCCAAGGAGUGUCACACCUCGCCGGCCGCCAAGCAGGCGAUUGUCGAUGCGCCUGGUGUCGACGACAGCCAGUGGGAGAAGACUUACAAGGGCCCCGCCGGAGGAGUCAUCACUGUUCGAUCCGAGAUGGGCGAGCCUAUUCACAAGCUGGCCACCCGUGGUGUCAAAUUCUGGGCUGAGAUGGACCAGAAGAUCUUCAGCUUGGACCGUGCUAAGCGCGUUCCGGAGCUCAAGAAGCAGAGAGAGUACAUCAUCAAGAAGCUCAACGAUGACUUCCAGAAAGUCUGGUUCGGUCGCAACAAGGCCGGCGAGUCGGUGGAUCUUGAGGACAUGACCUACGGUGAGGUCGUCCGCCGCAUGGUCGAGCUCAUGUACGUCAAGCACGAGUCCCGCUGGAUUGAUGUCUCGCUCCUUCGUCUCGCGGGCGACUUUAUUCGCCGUGUCGAGGAGCGUUUCGUCGGAAAAGCUGGCCAGGCCUCUGUCCUGCAAAGUUACUCUGAUCUCAAUGAGCCCUUCAAGGUCAUUGAGCGCGUCGUUGAGGCUUAUCCCGAGGCCGACACUCAGAUUAUCAACGCACAGGAUGUGCACCAUUUCCUCUUGCUGUGCCAGCGUCGCGGACAGAAGCCAGUUCCAUUCGUCCCCUCCUUGGACGAGAAUUUUGAAUAUUGGUUCAAGAAGGACUCGCUUUGGCAAUCUGAGGAUCUGCAGGCGGUCGUCGACCAGGACGUCGGAAGGACUUGUAUCCUUCAAGGCCCCAUGGCUGUCCGAUACUCCAAGAUCGUCGAUGAGCCAAUCGGUGACAUCUUGGGCAACAUCCACAAGGCUCACAUUCAGGGUCUGAUUAAGGAUGUGUAUGGCGGCGAUGAGUCUGCCGUCCCCGUUGUUGAGUACUUUGGUGGCAAGCUCUUGGAAGCCAGCGACGAGCUCAAUGUCGAGGGUCUUACCGCUUCUGACGAUGGCACCAAGGCCGUCUACCGCUUGUCUAGCUCUCCUGCCGCGGCCCUGCCCGAACUCGAGCCCUGGCUGCAAGUCUUGGCUGGUCGUAGCUACUCGUGGAGACACGCUUUGUUUACUGCAGAUGUCUUCCUUCAAGGCCAAAAGUUCCAGACCAACCCGAUGAGACGCAUUUUUGCUCCUAGCCACGGUAUGGUCGUCGAAAUCGCCCACCCGAACGAGCCAGCCCGGACUGUCAUCAGCGUCAAGGAGCUUGCCAGCUCCGGUCUCUACGUCCAGACCCUUGGCGUCAGUCUUAACAGCGACAAGGAGAUUGUUGUCAAUAUGAUUGAGCACCGCACCGCCCUCGGCAAACCUGUCGCUCUUCCUUUCCGAUUCACCUACCACCCCGAGACUGGCUAUGCUCCUAUCCGCGAGGUCAUGGAAGACCGCAACGAUCGUAUCAAGGAGUUCUACUAUCGCGUGUGGUUCGGCGACGAGUCUGUGCCUUUCGACACCCCGGUCACUAGCACCUUCGAGGGUGGCCGUGCCACCAUCACCGGACAGGCCAUUGGUGACUUUGUUCACGCCGUUGGCAACACUGGCGAAAGCUUCGUUGACCGUCCUGGCAAGGAAGUGUUCGCGCCCAUGGACUUCGCCAUCGUUGUUGGAUGGAAGGCCAUCACCAAGCCCAUCUUCCCCAAGGCCAUUGAUGGCGACCUGCUUAAGCUCGUCCAUUUGUCAAAUGGCUUCCGCAUGCUUCCAGGCGCCGAGCCCCUGAAGAAGGGCGACGUCUUGGACACCAACGCUCAGGUCAACGCUGUCAUAAACCAGGCCUCUGGUAAGCUGGUUGAGGUUUGCGGUACCAUUACACGUGACGGCAAGCCAAUCAUGGAGGUCACCAGCCAAUUUCUGUACCGCGGCACCUACACUGAUUUCGAGAACACUUUCCAGCGCAAGACUGAGACGCCUAUGGAGGUCCAUCUUCGCUCUGCCAAGGACGUUGCCGUGCUUCGAUCCAAGGAAUGGUUUCAUCUCGAUGAUCCCUCUAUUGACCUUCUCGACAAGACCCUGACUUUCCGUCUUGAAAGCUUGGUCCGCUUCAAGAACGAGACAGUCUUCAGCAACGUCGAGACGGUUGGUCAGGUCCUUUUGGAAUUGCCCACUAAGGAGGUCAUCCAGAUCGCCUCAGUCGACUAUUCUGCGGGCGACUCGCACGGCAACCCUGUCAUUGACUAUCUCCAGCGCAACGGUUCUUCUAUCGAGCAACCCGUCAACUUUGAGAACCCCAUCCCACUGAGCGGCAAGACUCCCUUGGCUCUCAAGGCCCCCGCCAGCAACGAGACGUACGCCAAGGUAUCUGGUGACUACAAUCCUAUCCAUGUCUCUCGUGUGUUCGCCAACUAUGCCAACCUUCCGGGCACCAUUACUCACGGUAUGUACUCGAGCGCUGCUGUUCGCAGCUUAGUGGAAACAUGGGCGGCCGAGAACAACAUUGGCCGCGUGCGAAGCUUCCACUGCUCGCUCGUUGGCAUGGUCUUGCCCAACGACAACAUUAACGUCAAGCUCGAACACGUUGGCAUGGUUGCUGGUCGCAAGAUCAUCAAGAUUGAGGCCAGCAACAAGGAGACCGAGGACAAGGUGCUCGUAGGUGAGGCCGAGGUCGAGCAGCCCGUCUCUUCCUACGUCUUCACCGGUCAGGGCUCGCAAGAGCAAGGUAUGGGUAUGGAACUGUACGCCAACAGCCCUGUUGCCAAGGAGGUCUGGGACCGGGCCGACAAGCACUUUAUGGACAACUAUGGUUUCUCCAUUGUCAAUAUUGUCAAGAACAAUCCCAAAGAGCUCACCAUCUACUUUGGCGGUCCUCGUGGAAAGGCCAUCCGUCAGAACUACAUCUCCAUGACCUUCGAGACCGUCUCUGCCGAUGGUUCGAUCAAGUCGGAAAAGAUCUUCAAGGAGAUUGACGAGACCACCACUUCAUACACUUACCGGUCGCCCUCUGGUCUGCUAUCCGCUACUCAAUUUACGCAGCCUGCCUUGACUCUCAUGGAGAAGGCUGCCUUUGAGGACAUGCGCUACAAGGGGCUUGUCCAGCGUGACAGCAGCUUUGCUGGUCACUCUCUCGGAGAGUACUCUGCCCUUGCCGCGCUGGCCGAGGUCAUGCCGAUUGAGAGCUUGGUCUCGGUUGUGUUCUACCGUGGUCUGACAAUGCAGGUCGCCGUCGAGCGUGACGAGCAAGGUCGCUCCAACUACUCCAUGGCUGCUGUCAACCCAAGCCGUAUCUCCAAGACCUUCAACGAACAGGCGUUGCAGUAUGUUGUUGAAAACAUUUCUGAGGAGACCAAGUGGCUCCUAGAAAUUGUCAACUACAACGUUGCCAACAUGCAAUACGUCUGCGCCGGCGAUCUCCGCGCCCUUGAUUGCCUGACCAAUGUCCUCAACUACCUCAAGGCCCAGAAGAUUGACAUUCAGGCUCUCAUGCAGACCAUGUCGCUUGACGACGUCAAAGCUCACCUCGUCGAGAUCAUUCGCGAGUGUGCCAAGCAGACUGCUACCAAGCCCCAGCCCAUCGAGCUUCAGCGUGGCUUUGCUACUAUCCCUCUGCGGGGUAUCGAUGUGCCAUUCCACAGCACUUUCCUGCGCUCUGGUGUCAAGCCGUUCCGUAGCUUCUUGCUCAAGAAGAUCAACCGGACGAGCAUUGAUCCUAGCAAGCUCGUUGGCAAGUACAUUCCUAACGUGACUGCACGGCCGUUCCAGAUCACGAAGGAGUACUUUGAGGAUGUGUACCGGUUGACAAAUUCGCCCAAGAUUGGCCAGGUUCUGGCCAACUGGGACAAGUAUGAGGAUAACAAGGCAGAGCUUGCUAAGGCUGCUGCUGCUUGA